GUUUGCGAAAGUGACUGCAAAGCAGAAUAAUCUGUUGCUCGUUAUAUUUGAAGAUAUUCCAAUUUCCAAAUGUUUAAUCGAGAUAGAGACCACAAUAGAGGCCGCAGAGGUGGUGGUGGUAGAGGUAGUAAUAGAGGAGGUGGUGAUAAUAUCCGUGGAACUAGUAUUAGUAGGUUUGGUAUACGUGGUAGAGGUACUACUAAUAAUAUUAGAGGUAUUAUAAAAAACAAACAACCUGGUGGAGCCCUUAGGAAAAUUAAUUGGGAUGUAAGAUCUUUAGAACCUUUACGCAAAGAUUUUUAUAUUGAACAUCCUACAGUUAGAAGCAGAUCAAAGGAAGAAGUUUGUCAGUUUCGAGAAAAUGCAGAAAUAACUAUAAAAGGUGAUAAUAUACCAAAUCCUAUACAAUAUUUUGAAGAGGGAAAUUUUCCACCUUAUGUAUUAGAAGAAAUACGUAAACAAGGAUACUCUCAACCUACAGCAAUUCAAGCUCAAGGAUGGCCUAUUGCACUUAGUGGCAGAGAUCUAGUUGCUAUUGCUCAAACUGGUUCUGGAAAGACACUAGGAUAUGUUUUACCAGCAAUUGUACAUAUCAUACACCAACCACGUCUUAGUAAUGGAGAUGGUCCAAUUGCUUUAAUCUUAGCUCCUACAAGGGAAUUAGCUCAACAAAUUCAAGAAGUAGCUAAUUGUUUUGGAGAAUCUGCAGGUGUAAGAAAUACAUGUAUCUUUGGUGGAGCACCCAAAGGUCCACAGGCACAUGAUUUAGAACGAGGUGUUGAAAUAUGUAUUGCUACACCAGGUAGACUCAUUGACUUCUUAGAAAGAGGAACUACGAAUUUGCGCAGAUGCACUUAUUUAGUAUUAGACGAAGCAGAUAGAAUGUUAGAUAUGGGUUUUGAACCUCAGAUAAGAAAAAUAAUUGAACAAAUUCGACCUGAUAGACAAGUUUUAAUGUGGUCAGCUACAUGGCCUAAAGAAGUUCGAGCAUUAGCUGAAGAUUUUUUAUCUGAUUAUAUGCAUCUUAAUAUUGGUUCUCUGACUUUAUCAGCCAACCAUAACAUUAUUCAAAUUGUGGAUGUUUGUCAAGAAUUCGAAAAAGACUUAAAAUUAUAUAGAUUACUUCAAGAAAUUGGAAAUGAAAAAGAAAAUAAAACAAUUAUUUUUGUUGAAACAAAACGAAAAGUAGAUGAUAUUACAAGAAAUAUCAGACGAGAUGGAUGGCAAGCAUUAAGUAUCCAUGGUGAUAAAAAUCAACAAGAAAGAGAUCAUGUAUUACAAGAAUUUAAAAGUGGAAGAGCCCCUAUUUUAGUUGCAACAGAUGUAGCUGCUAGAGGCUUAGAUGUAGAUGAUGUUAAAUAUGUGAUAAACUUUGAUUACCCAUCAUCGUCAGAAGAUUACAUACAUAGAAUUGGUCGUACUGGACGAAGAAGACAAACUGGCACUGCUUAUGCAUUCUUUACAAGCCAUAAUAUGAAACAUGCAGGAGAUUUAAUAGAAGUAUUAAGAGAAGCAGGUCAAAAUAUAAAUCCACGACUUACUGAAAUGGCAGAGUUAGCAAAAUCAGGAACUUAUGGAAAUAGAAGUGGUAAACGAUUUAUGACUAAUGAUAGAAGUAAUGCAAGAAGAGGUAAUACUGAUACUAGAGGACGAGGUGGUUCUACAAGAGGAAGAGGUGGCACUAAUGGUCGUGGUGGAAAUUCUUAUCAGUCUACUUCAAACAGUUAUUCAAGUUCAGAUUAUAGUAGUUAUAAUAAUAUGAAACAAAGUAAUUCAACUAAUCAGAAUACAGGGUAUGGGUAUACACAAAGAACUUAUGGGCAAAGUAAUUUAGCACAAAGUUAUGGAGGAGGAGAUAAUUAUGGAAAUACUUAUCAGUAUAGAGGAACAACAUAUUAA